GCAGCUCCACAUCCCUUGCUUCUACUUGUGCUAGCUACUACUACUACAUCCACAAUGGCUAAGAACACAAAGCUUUUGGUUCUAGGCUUCAUGCUUCUCCUAGCCAUAAGUCUCUCCUCGGCGGCGAGGACCUUGAAUGAGGAAUAUGGUGGAGGAUAUGGAGGUGGUGGUGGACAUGGUGGUGGAGAAGGACAUGGUGGUGGAAGAUAUGGAGGUGGAGGUGGACAUGGUGGUGGAGGAUAUGGAGGUGGGGGUGGACAUGGUGGUGGAGGAGGAUAUGGGAAGGGAGGUGGAGUAGGUGGUGGAGGAGGACAUGGUGGAGGAGGAGGAUAUGGGAAGGGAGGCGGUGAAGGUGGACAUGGUGGUGGAGGAUAUGGAAAGGGAGGUGGAGGUGAAGGUGGGCAUGGUGGAUAUGGUGGUGGAGGAUAUGGACAUGGUGGGGGAGGUGGUGGAGGAUAUGGACAUGGUGGCGGAGGACAUGGAGGAUAUGGACAGGGUGGUGGAGGAGGACAUGGAGGUGGAAGUGGACAUGGGGGUGGACAUGGACAUCCUUAGAGGAAGGAUGAGUAGAUCCAUGGAUGGGACAAACACUAGGAUGAGGAUGAGCAGCUCCAUGGAUUGAUAAAUCUAUGUUUGAGCAGUGGUUGUGUAAUUUUAUUGAGUGAGUAUCAUUAUGUCAUAUAUAUGAUAAAUAAAACUACUGCUCUUAUGCUUGCUUUAUUUAUUUAUUAUCUCCAUAUGUAUGCUGCUACUCAAUAAUAAGUAUUCUAUCAAGCGCUACCCUUCAUUUA